AUGCGCGAGAUCAGCAACCCGACGACAAACAUUCACUUUGUAGGACAAGUGCUCACCUUGACUCAAGAGGACGCGAGUACUUGGAUCUGGACGGGCGAGUUUGAAUCCUUCAAUGCCAUCGAUGGCGGCGAUGCUGCAAACACGUCGGCGUCAAGAAAGUCGACCCUUAUUGAGCUAUCUGCUCAGGUCACUCAGGCGGUCAAGGCCACCUUAGCACCGCAACUAUCCGAUCCGACGUGCUUCGUUUGGAAAUUCAAGUCUGGCUCACUUUCCUCGCUCACGGAAUUAAUGUGGGCUCGUGUCAAGGAGAACCAACACUUGAUACCAGUGCGGACACCUACCCCAACUUUCCCAUUGCGCGCAUCCGGUGGCGGUGAGUAUAUCUUCACGAGCGAAGAAGGGACAGCGGCCCUAGAGAUGGGGCCACAACAAGGAUGUGCCAAUUGCUUCUGCUGCGACGCAGAGGUCAGUCUGAAGAAGAUGCGAGACCACAUUGGUACGCACAUACUCGCGAAGAUGCUCUCACUACCGGAUCCGAGCCCAAAGAAGCUCAAAAUGCAGGUCGGCAAAUCACCAUGCGGCUUCUGCGGCCGGACAGGAACCUGCAAAAUAGGUCUCCGAAAAACGAGGAAUGCUCUUCGAGCCGAGUCAGACUGUCGCCUCUUCAGUCAGUUCAACAUCGCCUCGGCAGCGGUCUCAACCAAAUCGGGUCCAAGCACAAAUCGCCCUGUGAUAUGCAAGAUCUGUGAAGCGAACCGCCCGCCACAGCGGGGCAAUAAUAUUGACGACGACAUCGUAUUCUGGUCAUACAAUAUGCAGGAACACUUAGCAGCAAAGCACCCGGAUGCUCCGAUUUCUGCCAAAGACGACAUCUCGGACUCCGUGUCACGCAAUGAACGCAUCUACUGUGGACUGGAAAAAGGUAAGCCCGACGCGAAAGAGAAAGGCGACUCGGAGGCGAAGGAGACGGCUGGGAAGGAGACGGCGGGGAAGGAGACGGCGGGGCAGUCCAGUGGGAAGGGGAAAGGGAAGAAACGAAUUGCAGAGCCGGCAGACGUGAGGCCAAAGAAGAAGGGGAGGAAAGAGUAG